GUGCAGGCAAAGCUAAGUAACAACCAAACAAAUCCUCUAAUCUUUCCUUUUAUUUUUCUCCAAAGGAAAAAUAAUAAUAAUAUGUAAACUUCCCACCUUGAAAACUCACCCAAAUUACAUCAAACAUAUAUGAUAUAUAUACAUAAUAAGAUAAUGAAGCUACAUGCCAUGUCCUGUAGAGGUUCUAAGUCUGAAGUCUCUUUCUCCAUUAACAACUUCCUUCUUCCUCCAUGUAUCUUGUUAAUAAAACCUCCUCAAGAAACAUGAUAUCUAACCUAAACACAAAGCAAGGUUAGGUGACUGAUAGCAACUUUCAACAUUUCCUUCCUUUUUUUUACAACUCUUCACCUCUGCUUCUUGCAAUUCCAUACUCUUCUCUUUCUUUCUAAAUUGAGGAAGCUGAUAAUCUCUCUCUGGGUUUUCUUGGUGAGUUUGUUUUCAGGUUAUAGGAGAGAAAUGCAGCUGCAUAUAUCGCCCAGCUUGAGGCAUGUCACGGUGUUUCCGGGGAAAGGAGUUAAAGAAUUCAUCAAAGUAAAUGUUGGGUCGAGAAGGGUUUCAUAUAGAAUGCUCUUCUAUUCACUUCUCUUCUCCACUUUCCUCAUCCGCUUUGUGUUUCUGUUAACCACUGUCGAUGACAUUGAUGGAGAUGUCAAAUGCUCGACAAUUGGUUGCUUGGGAAAAAGACUAGGACCAAGGAUUCUGGGGAGAAAGCUGGAGUCAAAUGUAAUCUACCAACCUGUCCCGGAAGUUAUGUACCACGUACUAGAAGAACCGCUUAGCCAAGAAGAACUAAAAGGAAGGUCUGACAUACCUCAGUCACUGGAAGAAUUCAUGGCUGAAAUGAAAGAGACCAAAACAGAUGCAAAGACAUUUGCGGUCAAGCUUAGAGAAAUGGUCAUCCUUCUUGAACAAAGAACAAGAACAGCCAAAAUCCAAGAAUAUCUAUACCGCCAUGUAGCAUCAAGCAGCAUACCUAAACAGCUCCACUGUCUGGCUUUGAGACUUGCCAGCGAACACUCCACCAAUGCAGCUGCCCGCCUCCAGCUCCCGUCCCCAGAGCUUGUCCCAGCCCUUGUUGACAACUCGUACUUCCACUUUGUCCUUGCCUCAGACAAUGUCCUUGCAACAUCUGUGGUUGCUGCAUCCUUGGUGAGAAACUCGUUACACCCCCAGAAAGUAGUCCUGCACAUCAUAACAGAUAAGAAAACUUAUUUCCCGAUGCAAGCAUGGUUUUCGCUGCAUCCUUUGACGCCUGCAAUCAUUGAGGUUAAGGCACUUCAUCAUUUCGACUGGUUGUCCAAGGGUAAGGUGCCUGUACUGGAAGCAAUGGAAAAAGAUCAACGUGUUCGGUCACAGUUCAGAGGGGGAUCAUCUGCAAUUGUGGCAAACAAUACUGAGAAGCCUUAUGUUAUAGCAGCAAAGCUUCAAGCACUUAGUCCUAAGUACAAUUCAGUAAUGAAUCAUAUCCGUAUACAUUUACCAGAGUUGUUUCCCAGUCUCAACAAGGUGGUAUUCCUCGAUGAUGACAUAGUGGUGCAAACUGAUCUUUCACCUCUAUGGGACAUUGACAUGAAUGGGAAGGUUAAUGGAGCCGUGGAGACAUGUAGAGGUGAAGACAAGUUUGUGAUGUCAAAAAGGUUCAAGAGCUACUUGAACUUCUCCCACCCUCUGAUAGCAAAGAAUUUCAAUCCUGACGAAUGUGCAUGGGCUUAUGGCAUGAACAUUUUUGAUCUAGAAGCUUGGAGGAAAACCAACAUAAGCUUGACAUAUCACUCCUGGCUUGAAGAGGUAAUUCCUAUUGCCAACCACAUUGAUCUUAUUUUCUCAAAACAAGAUCUAUCAGGUUGGCCACUGCAGAUCACCAAGAGACUUUCAAUCAUCACCCAUAUUAUUGCAAUAUCCUUCAAAAAAGACCGGCCAUAUUUGUGCUAUAAACUGAAAUUGACUGUAAAAGCAACAUCUUUUUUUCUUACCUUGCAAAUUGAAGUUAUUAAUUACACUUACCAAUCUACGUACUUCUUUUUCAUGCAGAACUUGAAAUCAGAUCUGAGUUUGUGGCAACUUGGUACUUUGCCUCCUGGUCUAAUAGCAUUCCAUGGUCAUGUUCAUGUUAUAGAUCCUUUUUGGCACAUGUUGGGGCUAGGAUACCAGGACAAUACAAGUCUUGCUGAUGCAAAGAGUGCUGGCGUCAUCCAUUUCAAUGGCAGAGCAAAGCCCUGGCUAGACAUAGCAUUUCCUCAACUUCAGCCACUGUGGUCUAAGUACAUCGACUUCUCGGACAAAUUCAUCAAAGGCUGUCAUAUCAGAGCAUCUUAACAAGGAAUUUUCAGAGGAAUAUACUCAUCUUACAGUGAUAAAGCAUAUGUCUAUAUGAGAAAAUGAAAUGAGAAGAGUUCUUCAGACUCUGGAGGUCUUCAAUACCGAAUGUAAAAUGAAAGCAGUAGCAGUCUUUGCAUUUUUGGAACUCCUCAUGGUCAAAUAUACCGGAUCCCAUCUUUCCCCUUGACUCUCUAUUUUCUUUUUUCAUUUCUUCUCCUAAUGGGAAGAGCAUGCUGUAGAGUUUAGCUGCUAGUAAUUAUGAAUGUAGAAGAAGUUUUCUCGAUAUUCAGAUUACUCUGAGAUGCAAGCAGGUACAAAUUAUUAGUAAAAAAUAAGAAUUACAUCAACAGAUAGCCUGCUCAGUUGUCCAACUAAAGCACAACAUAAAAAACUGCAUUUGGGUCUAAAGAGAAAGAAAAGCUGCAUGUCUCCAGAAUAUUUGUGCUACCUAGACAGUUUCCUAGGAAUGAUUCCCGCAUGUCACAUUGACAGGUAAAUCAAAUUCAAAGCUCACGGGUCCAGCAUCUUGCAGUCAAAGCCGUAGAGACACAAAGCUCGUGUUUACCAAAAAUGAAAACAUAUUGCUCAUGUUCUGUGCUAAAUGCAAGUUAACAGUGCGUUUAUUGCUUAAUCCACACAAACAAGAAGAAUGCUAAACCAAGGGGCAGUAAUAGUACCUGGUUUCCCAAAUAUGACUAGAAAGACAGUAGCACUUACCUACCAAUGUGCCUCGUUUCUUCCUCCCAAAAGAUCAAAUAAAGAAGACAGCUUAACUUAUCAGAUUCUUUCAAGAAAAGGGAAACCAUUUGGCCAGUAUCCAAACAGCAUUCAUACAACGAAACAUUGUGAAUAAACCUUACCAAACAUAGGUCCUUUCAGGGAAAAUCUAUAAUACAUCAUAGGCAUGAUGCUUGUGUUAACUUUCUAACAUUUUAUAAUAAUUUGUUAGCCUUGCGCUGUACUAAGUUAGCAAGCAAUAUUAAGCAAUUGCAUCACGCAGUUGCUAAAUUAUUAUGAAAUAUUAAAAGAUUAGC